AUGUAUCAUUCAAGUAACAUAGUCAAAGUUUUAAGAUGUUCCAAAAGUUUGAGUUCUAAAGCUCUAUCAAAUGCUGCCGAACCAGCCAAAUAUACUUUAGCCACGGUCCGUGCUUUUCCAUCUUUAGAACCUUUAACGUUUGCUCCUGUUCCAACAAGUGUUUUAGGUUCUCCACUAAGGAGAGAUAUUUUAUGGCGUGCAGUCGUCUAUGAAAACGAUAAUAAGCGUGUGGGUUCUUCAAAUCCACCAGGAAGAAGCGAAAAUGGUUAUUCUAGAAGAAAAUUAUUGCCACAGAAGGGCUCAGGUAGAGCUCGUGCUGGUGAUGCCAAUUCUCCAACCAGACAUAACGGUGCUAGAGCCCAUGCUAGAACAGCACCUAACGAUUACAGUACUGCUUUACCGUCUAAAGUCUACUCACUAGCUUACAAUGUUGCAUUAAGCCAUCAAUAUAGACAAGGCAAUUUAUUUGUAAUUGGUGGAAAUAAUGAGUUAUGUGGUGUUCACAAAAAUGAUCUAAAUGAACUGGAACUGGUAAAAGAUCCUGAAAAUACAGGCGAGUUAAUAUUUGAAAAAUUUUUGAAAGAAUAUGACCUUGAAAAAAAGAAAAACUUAUUGUUUAUAGUAGAUGGGGUAAAAGAAGGUUUACUAUACAAUACAGAGAAAUUUGCCGAAAAAAUUGACAUUAUAUCCAAGGAAUUUGUUGAUGUUAACGAUAUAUUGAAAGCUCAAAGAGUUUUUAUUGAGUUAUCUGCAUUAGAAUAUUUGGCUGUUAUCAAUGCCGUAGAAUCUUUUGAAUAA